ACCACUCUUCUCCUGCAAAAGCCCAUUGCUGUAUCCGCCAAGUUCUGCUCUCUCUGAAUGUCGCAAUACUAAGAUUACACAGAUACGUGCUGGUAAGUGAGAGCUGACCUCCAGUUCGACUACGAAUAACUUCUCAACUCACACUUGAGGACGUGGAUGUACUUAUUCUAAGGAACAGAAAAAAACGGGUAGGUUGCGGAUUGAACCGAAGAAAUCAACUGUAACCAUCGUAGCCGAGGACAAUCUUGUAAAAGUGUCAUUACUGCAUUUAGACGGUAGAUACGGUAACCCCGAAAAGGUACCGUUCUGUUUGCGAUGUGCUACCUGUUAAAAGUAAUCCUGCUUACGGGUGCUCUCGCCCUCCCUGCCAGCCCUGCGCCACUGGGGUCGCCGGAAAAAAAUUCUCUCUCAGGAUCGUCGACUAAUUCAUCGUUGUCCAGAGCUCCGACAGGAACCGACACACAAACCUCAUCCUCAUUAAAAAAAACAUCUUCUCAAAGAGGCGUCUACGUCAAUCAGGUCGUGUUUACGAGAGCUUCGCCGCCAACACGAUCAACACUGGAAAACGAAGCAGCCGACGCAUUUGAGUUACCAGAAGAGGUGGUGAUGGAUUAUACACACGACGUGGCAUCGAAUAAUACCAUACCUCGGCCGGAUCUAACAGGAAAAAUUGGACAUGCUUUAUACUCGAAAGACACAACGAACACGGCAGGUUUUGCACCGCCAUCAUCAACACCCCUACUCUCUAAACAGUCGAAAAAUGGAGACAAACAAUUUACAAAAACGGUAUCCUUACAGUUGACGAGGUCGACAACCUUGCAAUCUGCAGAAGCAACAAGCAAGACAACGACAACUAGAUCAAGGACAAAUGCUACAAUUUCAGGGCCAACCGCCAAGACAUCUAGUUAUAGUAAUGGGUGCAAGAGUGUAGAGCUCGCUCUCGCACUAAACCAGACAUCACAAAGGCCCUUCAAUAUUGACCAGCUUUACAAAGAAAAAUCCGAAACGAGACAAGAAAGGCCUAAAAUGUCCUCGAAAUUAGCGGGAGAAUCUCGCGACAUAAUUACGCAAAUGCGUACGGACACAAAGCUAUGUGCACACAAUGAUGAAUUUCUAGAGUUACCUAUACCCUUUAAACGUAGUGCUUUCCGCGCAGAAGCGCGCAACCUCGGUGCUGGUCUUCAAGAUAACACAACAAGUGACAAAGAAGACUCAAUGCUGAAGACGAAACCUCAGGAUAAUGCCAAAAAAGCGAGCGACCUUCGAGUUAUUAUUACGCGAAACAAAUAUACAGAUGGGCAGGGAAAGGCAGAAAACGUGGAUGAAUCGUCUGUAUUAGCGCUGCCCUUUAGCUCUAAUCUCCUUCAAUCUCAAUCGAGGGGGUCAGUCCAAGAGACGCAAAUUCAAGAUGCUACGAGCCGUAAACAAACAUUGAAACCAAGCGAUGAUAAUCUUUUUGAGUUUGUAGGAAAGCCACGCUACGUAAUAGCACGAAAUGGAACGUAUACACCGAAGACAACUGCAAAGAAAAACCAUUCAAUAGAAUUAUUGGUAUCUUUUAAUGCCAGACCCCUUGAGGCGCAAACGAACAACCCGAUUAUCGAAAGUGAACCAGUUGACAAUAGCAGUUCAACACAGGAUGCUCACAUACGUAACGACAAAUUAAACCUAAGUGAUAAUGCUACUCUAGAGUUAAUGGACGAGCCCUCCCGCACUAUUUUUCGAAAUAGUACACUGGAAGCUAAGAACAGAGCCAAAUCUAUGGAAUUAUUGUCACCUUUUAACUCUACUCAACCUCAAGUCCACAUCAACAAUCAGACUUUUGAUUCGCUAACUGACAAGCGGGGCCUGAUGCAGGACACAAAGUUGGAAAAACCUAGCGUUAGCAAGGAAAUAGAUCCAGCCCUGGGCAAUGCUUUGACCACUAAACAUGUACCAAUUUUAGCAAAUCAGAUAUCCGAUACCACAAAAGACAAACAGACAUUGGUCUACCUAAACACGACCAGUUCUCUAGAAAAGAUAGAGUUUACAAGUAAUAAACAAAAUGAAAGUUCCGUUAAACUAGAUAAUAAAAAAAUUCAAGGGUCUAUUGAACUCGGCGAAGUGAAGCGAACACCUAAAAUAGAGACAACACAGAUGGAAAAACUUGAAAUCAUCCCUAAUGCUAGUGCUGUAUUUACGAGGAAUGAAACAGGCGACGGCGCAGCAAUCGAAAACGCUGUUUUUAAGAACAUCGCCAAAAUGGUGCCUGACUCAAUAACAACUGAAACAGACGAAGAACAAGACAAAGUAACUGCAGAUGGAUCAUUCGCUGAGGAAGCCUUACAUGGUGGCGAUAAUCGCUACGUUGCCACGGCUGAGGAUUUCAAUCAGGAUGCACCAGUCCACCAAGAAGCGAGCGCUAUUGAGCCCACCCAUGUGGGGCAACAGGGUAACAUCGAAGUUGAACUACCGUCAACAACCACUAUUCGAAUUCCCAUAUCUAAGAUUACAACGCCAAUUAUAAACUUCCGCAUUGAUGCCACCACAGAAUCGACGUCUACUCGUAACGACUUCACUGAUAGCACCGAACAGGUGGCAAUUAAACAUAUCAGCCAGCGACCCUCGCCUGCUAAAAGAAGCAACAAAACUGUAGAAUUCGAAGUUAAACCAACAGUAGCGAAUUCGUCUCUACUUCAUGUAAGUGUGACCUAUUCAACGGAAACAAGCGGUGCUUCCACGCAACCGAUUAUCUUGCAGGAACAUAGAUUCAGGACGUUUAACAAAGCUGUAGGUAUAGCACAGGACUCCGUUGAAGCAGAUACAACGUUCGCAACCGGAAAGGAAUCUGAAUAUUUAGUAAAUGAGACCGCCGCAAAGAUACACAAGCAGGUGUCACUCGAAAAUUUACUCUUGAUUUCCACUAAAAAACCAGACAGUAAAGAGGUAGAAGAAGCUACGGGAGUCGCACUGACCGAAGCUCAAAAAAAUGAAACUAUCCGCGCGCUUCCCGAGGGUUCCGUUGAUUUAAAUGCGCUAUCGGUUAAUGACAAUACGAAUGCUUCACACUACGAGGCAUCGAAUAGAGUCAGAGACGGAAUUCCAUCAAUGUCGACCACUGACAAUGUUUCGUUGCCUUUUGGCCAGGCCGUAGAAAAGGCCGCCCCAGUUUCAAACAGUGACGUUAUCUCUGUUCUGAGAAGUUUGGAAUCAUCCAAUGAAUCAGAAACAGCCGCGGCAGACGCAUCCCUGUCAGUUUCUCGGCGUAUUAUCUCGAUACCUGCUGAAGAUAUACAGGCUAGCAAAAAUAUCGGAAUGGUUGACUUAGACAUUUUCAGCCACUUUGGAACCGUAAAUCCUAAAAUGGUGUAUGGUAUCAUUCGGGAAACGAGCAACAGUAGUAGUACAGCUGCACUUUCUUCCAUGCAGCCGGAACAACAGAAGAAAUCUGCUGUUCCUGUUUGGCGUUCUCCGCAAACUUCUUACGAUACGACACACCGAGAAGGUCUUGGCGGCUGGUCUGGGCCAGAUCCGAACUUUGUUUUGGGUCUAGAAAAUCUAUUUGAAUGGAAAAAUGACCAAGCUAAAAUGAGGAUUGUCAACUCUAGACCGAAUGAAGUAAGUGAGCCUAGCUCAAAGCCCACCGUCAGAGAUGACGUUCACGAUGAAAGCGAAGCAAAAGAUGCAUUAACUCACUCACCUUCAAGCAUACCGAGCUUUUUCAGCGACGGCCCGCCCUUAAACAUGAUGCAGUUUCCUUGGAGUACGCCGCAUAACAAAUUAAGAAAUUCCGAGGCCAAUUUUGCUCAAAAGUUCACCACGGAACCGGUCCCCAUGACAGGAGUGUCUACCACAACAGCUUCUGCCACCACCACGAACGUAGUAAUAGGCAAGCGAGAUAACCAGUCGACCUUGUCCACCACACCAUCAUCUGUUAGAUCGUCCACUAGAAAAAUGAAUUUAUUUUUUUUGAAGAAGCUGGUACCGGUGACCCCACUCGCAAAUGUUCCAAAAGUCGCUUCCAAAAAAUUCAAUCUUUUCUCGUCACUAACCCAGUCACCAAUUGUUGGCAACAGUAGUGGCAGUAAAUCUGUUAAUCGACGCCCAAGUCUACCGUCUAAAAGGCUUUCGCCUGUCCGCUGGACACCUUCUAUCGAGCCGCCACAGUCUGACGAGGGCGACAACCGAGACCCAAGCUCCGAUGUAGCAAAGGAAACUUUCCUUAGCACUUAUGAACGGCGUUUUGUUGUUGACACAAUAUCGACACCAAGCACGUCAACGUCACGAACACCGGGAUUAAAUCUCCCCGGUUUUCACCAGAACGACCACGAUCGUCAGACUCAGAAGCUUCAUGCUGGAGCAGCCGGCGGUUUCCAUUGGGAUUGGUCUCGUCGGCGCUCACACGAGGAUCCGUAUGACCUUGGCCAAGACGAUGAUCCUUACGACCUUUUACUCAGAGGAACGCCCCCUGCACCACGUCCGGGCUAUCACCAAAUAUCAGAACGUGCACGGGCCACGUUGCUGAUGUGCAUCGGGAUUGUCGUUGGGGCUACAGUAUUCUUCGCGUCAAUGCUGCUGGUCUGUCGAAGACGAAAUCAAAACGCUAGGCUAUUACGUCGCCGCGCAGUGGACAGGUUCAUUGCUGAACAGCAUGAUGCAGCGUCGGAGGCUGCGAGCAGCUAUGGCGGAAGCCAUUCCUCCUACGGUCGUAAGAACUUAUUGUCCUCGCGCUGAACUUAUUGUCCUUCACGAGAGAUGGACGAGUUUAUGGAAACUGCUAUCGGCGCCAUGAGAUGCUGUUAUCGCGUAGAAAAUUUUUUCUAUGUAUCCUGAAUUAAACAGUUGCUUUUUCCCAGUGAAUGUUGUCACUACAAAAUCAGAAUCAUAAUGCAGGUGCUUCGAACUCGUAAAUUUUAAUUCAUGCCAUUUUUACGGUUGAAAUCCCCGAAUCACACUCCUAUUGGACUACCGGUGCAGAAGAGCAGCUGCCUUUUCUAGGACCUGCGAGCUUGCAUUACAGAAGCCUGCAUAAUUUCGCCAUAGAAUGACAUAGAAGCAACGCGGACUUUAUUGGGUACACAUUUAUUGUGGUCUUCUAUCGAAAACAUCUAAAUCACAUAAACGAAUAAACAGAAUUUCAUUGUUCUUUCAACGCGGUAGAAAGCAAACUCCUGUGAACAAACAGGUGAUAAUAUCAACUUAUAGCUGGAAAUUUUCAUGCGAUCAUAGUGACACGUGAAAUAAGGGCAGUGGACUAAAAAAACCGCCAUUUGUAUUAAUAUGUUUGUAAAUAAUUAUAGAGGAACAGUGGUGCGUAACAGUUAACGAUAAUGCUUGCCUCUAUAAUAGUAGCAAUUAGUUAGUUGCGAAAGUGUUGUAUAGCUUAAGUAUAAUAGCAGCUUAUACAGUAGGUGUAAAACGGCGGCAUAGUUGGAAGUUUGACCUGGAUCCGCUUGCGCCCCUCAUAAAACCUGAAGCAACGCCGAACAUACGCAAAAAGACUAUAUGCUACUUACUAAUUAAUGAGUAAACGGACAGCCGAGAAAAAUAUGGCUAACUGAAUUACUUUUUUUGUCUUUGAUGCAGUUAUCUAUCUAUUAUACGGUCCUACCGUAACUCCUGGUGAGGACAAAAACGCUGAAUAUAGGGGAUGAGAGGGCAGCGGGCAAAAACAAUUUAAACAGCUGCUACACAUGAGAAACAGGAAUGAAAUGGAUAGACACAAUAUUUAUUUUGUAAAUAUGUUAAAAUGCAUGUUGAAGAGCUAGUCGA